AUGCCGUCUGCGGAUUUCCCGACGAAACUAGCCGAUAUUAUUCUGAAUGACUCAAGCCUCAACCCAUCCUUGUAUGCCAGUCUUAGGUCGAUUCGCAAGUCUACGCUAUCAAUACCGAAUCGUCUCAACUCUGUCUUAGCCGACUCGGAGUUCGCCAAGCAAGUAUCCGAACACUUCAAGCUGCCCCUUGUUGCCAACGAACGAUGUGGGAGUUGGUACAUAGAACCGGCCGAUAAAGUUGGCAGUGCGUACUUCAAGAGCACUGACGGGCAUCACGGACAAUGGGACUUCUCGCUACGACGGCUCAAUCUCCAACUAUUGCCUAUACUGGGUAAAUAUGGCGGUGCUGUUGUGGUUGACUCUACUCGCCGCGGCAAGAAUCUGCCAGAUGCAUUCAGUAAAACAGCACCCAUCUGGGUGGCUGUAGUCAACAGAGUGCUCUUUCCUGAACUACCCUCGACACACGGGCUGCAGCAUCCACCUCCUCCAGAUGAGCUAGGUCUGUCGGAAAUAUCACAAAUCGAAGCCAGACUAGACAGAUUUGCACGAGCAUUCUCUCAGCUGGGAUUGAAUUUGGCCAACCUCCGCGACGAGCUGAAACAUCCAAUUCGUGUCACUUGGGCGAUAAAUGGUCGCUUUGAUGUCAAUGAUGACUCGGUGGACGACAAACUCGAAGGCGGUGUCGACGAAUGGACCCACCUGGUGCUCUGCUCUGCAUCUCGUCGUGUUCACGGAGCAGAGGCAUCCGAAGGCGGAUACAUCCAAGGAGCCGGUGAUGACAGUGAAGGCUGGUCGCAUGGGCUCACCGCGGAGUUGUUUUGGAAGCACAGGGAUGAAUUGUUGCAGACCCCUGAAGUCGACCUACCUGACUUGAUCCAACAGUGGUGUGACUGUGGGAAUGACGAGGGUGUGAGUGAAAGCCAGUUCACAAAAAUCAUCCCGACAUCCAACCUUCACAUUGGAGUUGGCCCAGUCUCUAACGUCCAAGGAUUUGAUCUCGUCAUCAAUUGUCAAGGAGAGAUUCCUCCAUCACCGAGGCAACUUGAUUUGAAAUGCCCGUCGGGCAAAUUUGGAAGCAAGGAUCUUCGUGACAAGCUGGGGAUGGUAUGUGAUACUGUCAAACAGCAUCUUCGCAAAGGAAAAGAUUGCCAAAUUUUGGUGACUUGCUCGAGUGGGAAAGACCUUAGUGCUGGUGUAGCGGUCGCGCUUCUGUGUCUUUUCUACGACGAUCAAGGUCUGGUGCAGGAUGACUACCAGUCCAGCAGCGUAGAUAAGCAGCUUGUCAAACAGCGGUUGGCUUGGAUCACCUGCUCCAAAGCGGAUGUCAACCCUUCAAGGGCCACACUGCAGGCCGUCAAUUCUGUAUUGAUGCAACGUCCUGACUACAUGUAA